GCUGAUUGGCGAGACCAGCAGCUGGUGUUAUUUUCGUGUUUUCAGUGCUAGAGUUCUGCUCGAAGUGUUUGUAGUUUAGUCAAAUCAUGGACGCGGUACAGAGACACAGAUCCAUGUAUAAAGGCACGACUCCACCGUGGAAAGAAACAUACCGGAAGCGCUGUGUGGAGCGCUUGAAGAACAGCCGGUCGAGGUUACUGGAGAAGUUCAGACAGAUGGGAGAGGAUUCGGGAGGAUCGAAGCACUCGCUGCUCGUGCAGGAGGUGAUGGAGGAGGAAUGGAGCGCCUUACAGUCGUCCAAUCAGAGUCUCCCGUCGCUCUGGAAUGGAAACGGCAUCAGAGAUGUGUACACCGCACAGCAGGAAUAUGACGAGCUGUCAGCGUUUGAGGAAAUUCAGCAGGAGCUCAUAGCACAAGAGCUCUUGAUUCUGGAGGAGUAUAACAGCAGCAUGUGGUAUGAAGAGCAGUAUAUAAACUCAGUGUUGGAGGGAAUGGAGACGUCUGGACAGAUCAUAUGCCCCGUGUGUCACGCGAAUAAUCUGACAGUCAGCAGUCAUUUUACAUCAUGUCCAUGUGGUCUUUACGUCAACACGAUUGGUAGGAACCUUACAGCCGAGGUUUUACAGAAUCUACUAGAACAACGCGUGACAGAGCACAUGGAGGACUGUCUUCACAAACCCAGCUUCUCUAUGGCCUUCAACACUGACGGAUCACCAAACCUCAUGAUCAGCUGCAAGGUGUGUGACUAUCUGUCUGUCGUCCUGUGAGCCGUUCAUCCACACUGCAGAGAGUCUGAUGGAUGUUUUAAAUGUUGUGAAUAUUAUUUCUGUGAAAUAAAGAAUCGUUUUUAACCUUAAGAUGCACUACCCUUAUUUGAGAGUCAUAAUGUAAAAUUACAGAACUGCAGGUCAAACUCUUGAUUUGCCUGAUCUAGAGUCUGCUAUUGAGUGCAUUU